GUGGUGAUAGUGGACUGGAUGGGUUAGGAGGACCAGGUGUACAACUAGGAAGCCCAGAUAAGAAAAAACGCAAGGCAAAUACACAGGGACCUUCUUUUCCUCCAUUGUCUGAGUAUGCUCCACCACCGAAUCCAAAUUCUGACCAUCUAGUGGCUGCUAAUCCAUUUGAUGACAACUAUAAUACUAUUUCCUAUAAACCACUACCUUCAUCAAAUCCAUAUCUUAGCCCUGGUUAUCCUGGCUUUGCAGGCUAUAGCACAUUCAGAAUGCCACCUCACGUUCCCCCAAGAAUGUCUUCCCCAUACUGUGGUCCUUACUCACUCAGGAAUCAGCCACACCCAUUCCCUCAGAAUCCUCUGGGCAUGGGUUUUAAUCGACCUCAUGCUUUUAACUUUGGGCCACACGAUAAUUCAAGUUUUGGAAAUCCAUCUUAUAAUAAUGCACUAAGUCAAAAUAUUAACAUGCCUAGUCAACAUUUUAGACAAAACCCUGCUGAAAACUUCAGUCAAAUUCCUCCACAGAAUACUAGCCAAGUAUCUAACUCCGAUUUGGCAUCUAAUUUUGUCCCUGGAAAUAAUUCAAAUUUUACUUCUCCAUUAGAAUCUAAUCAUUCCUUUAUACCUCCCCCAAAUACUUUUGGUCAAGCAAAAGCACCACCCCCAAAACAAGACUUUAAUCAAGGAGCAACCAAAAACAUUAAUCAAAAUUCCUCUGCUCAUCCACCUCACUUAAAUAUGGAUGACACAGUGAAUCAGAGUAAUAUUGAAUUAAAAAAUAUUAAUCGAAACAAUGCAGUAAAUCAAGAGAACAGCCGUUCCAGUAGCACUGAAGCUACAAACAACAGCCAUGCAAAUGGAACACAGAAUAAACCGCGACAACCUAGAGGUGCAGCAGAGGCAUGUACCACUGAAAAAAGCAAUAAAUCCUCUCUCCACCCAAGCCGUCAUGGCCAUUCGUCUUCUGACCCAGUAUAUCCUUGUGGAAUUUGUACGAAUGAAGUGAAUGAUGACCAGGAUGCCAUCUUAUGUGAAGCCUCUUGUCAGAAAUGGUUUCAUCGAAUCUGUACUGGAAUGACUGAAACAGCUUAUGGCCUCCUCACGGCAGAAGCAUCAGCAGUGUGGGGCUGUGAUACCUGUAUGGCUGACAAGGAUGUCCAGUUGAUGCGGACUAGAGAAACUUUCGGUCCUCCUGCAGUGGGCAGUGAUGCUUAAUCACAAGCAUUAACUAAAGAGGGCUUUUUUCCCCUGUGUAUUACAGAGAUUUGGUGACACAGGAUUUUAAUAUUUUACAUUAUUUUUUUAAAUGCAUACACAAAAAACAUUAUUUACCUUUUAGUUUUUAUUAAU